UUUUUUUUUCUUUUUGAUUCAAUUCAAUGAAUAGUUUAAGCAAUUCUACAACAAUGGAGCGUAGAACGCUUACAAUGAACUGGGAUGGUUUGGGAGAAGACGAUGAUGAAUGCUUCUUUGAAUCUCAAGAAAGAAUGUCAUCGGCCGUUCCUCUCGAUUUCGCGGCCUUGUCAGGAUCGGAUGAGGACGAAGAAUUUGAGGACAGCAGAAUGUCAUUUGCUUCCGCUAUCUCUGCAGCCUCCAUUAAAAGGAUUGGCAGCCUUGAGAUUGAGGCAGUAGUACCUACGAGCUCUUCAUCUGUAUUAGGAGGAUAUGACGUGUGGAUGGCAGUACCAGGGGACAUUAAGGAGCGGCGCAAGAAGCUGUUUCAAGGUAUCGCUAGAUUUCCAUUUUAAAAUGUCAACU